GAAGAUAUUUCUCAAGAAGAUGACGACGCGACUCCAAAAAGAAAAGGGGAGAAGGACAAACGGUUGGCAGCGUCGAUGCGAGCCUACGCGGAAGACCUACGAAAGGUAAGUAGCGACAAGACACGGGAUCCUCUCGCCGGGCUGAUGGCUGGAACGACGGCGGCAAUGCUCACGGCAUUGAGCGGGGACUUGGCUCCAUUGUCUCAGGAGCGAGAAAAAGGAAAGAGAAGGAGCGAGAAAGGGGACGAGGCGACCAAAGUAGGAGGAACAGCAGCAGAUGCGGCCAAAGACGCGAAGCGGAGGCGCAGCGAACCAAAGAAAAGGCCUGCGACGUCUGCGCAAGCGAUGCCGACUGAGGCUUCGACGAACCCGUUGACCUCCACUGGCGGCAGGGGCUUCUCUGCAUUAGUUGAGCCCUCGUUCUCAGUAGAUGUAGAGUUGCCGCAAGACGGCCGAGUGAAGGCCCAGUUGUGGAAAGUAUCAGCGGAGAACCUCGUAGUCCCGCCGAUGCUGUUCUAUCCCGAGGAGGAACCCGCUGCGGGAAAAGUAGAGGCCGUGAGAAAAACGGGAACAAAAAGGCGGACAAAAGUAGUAAAAGAGGGAGGUCAACAACAAGAUCUAGAAGAUCAUGUGGUGGAGUAUCAAAAUCAUAGGAAAAAAAAGCCGACUACUUUAUCAUCUGCGUUUUCUUCAUCCACUCCUAGAAGAAGCGGCGCUGCUACCAGCUCCACGAAUGACGAGUUUUUUCAGUGGAUGAGGACAGCGUCGAAUUCUACAACAAUAUCUUCAGGGGCGGCUUCGAUUCUCAAGAAAAAAGGCGAGAAAAGGAAAAUAACGCAGGCUUCGUCGAAGCGUCCUGUUGCUCCAUCUUUUGGCAGUCUGAGAGAUAAUAAAACGAAAGCCAAUUCCUCUAGUGCUCUCAAGAGAGGGCUAGCAGGUAAGCCGCGGAACAAGAAAGAGAAGGCGAUGAAGUCACCUAGUACAACUUCUGCGAUGAAGAAGGCAAAGUCGGACCCACCAGGUGCACAAAUUGGAACCCACCAAGUAAGCGGUGCGCCGUUCAUUUUUUUCGAUGAGGAAAAAGACUUCUUGAUAGCGGUCAUGAGCGAUCUUUAUCCGGAGCAUGAGGCAGAAAAUCGCGCACGCUUUCAGGCAGCGACAGAGGCAGCACGUAUUGCGAUUAUGGCGCGGACAGACCGCACAGUGGCAGAGUUUUGGGCGGGUCAGGAGCCGUCGUGGGAUACCAGUGAUUCUGGCGAGCUUUUG